AUGUAAAAUCUCAAACAAUUGGUGUAUAUGAGAUAAAUGCCUUCAAAUUUAAUAGCAUUUUCAUCGAAGGAGGGCAAGAGACUAUUCAAAGAAGCAUUGGAUCAAAACACUAUGGAAUGCUACUUUCCACUAGCUGAACAAUUUAUUACCUAAUUGCAUCCGACCACUUGUGGAUCCACAACAUUGGUGAUGGUGUUGAAUGCACUUAAGAUCGAUCCAGGAGUGCAAUGGAAAGGGUAUGAGAAGAUCUAAUAUUAGAAUUUGGAAAUGGUACACCGAAGAGAAUUUACAUGGUUUAAAAAAGGAACAUUUAGAUAAUGGUAUAGAUUUGGAUGCAUUUUCGCAUAUUGCUAAACACAAUAAAGUGGCCAUUCAAACCUUCUAUCAUCCAAAUUUGUAUGAAUAGCAAUAUGAAUAAAAAAAGUAAGAUUGUAUUUGCUUAAGCUCAGUUUUUAUGAUUGUUAAGAAAAGUGCACUCGAAUUCAAAAUCACCAUAAAAUAGCGUCGGUUCAAACAUUCUACACAUGCUUGGAAGCUUCUUCCAGGAUGGACAGACUCUUUAUGGUAGUAAAUAACAGCAGAAAAAUAAUGGGGCAAACAGGAGAAGGACACUUCUCACCCAUUGGAGGAAUUCAUCUAAAAGAAAAAAAAGUGAUGCUCUUCGAUGUGGCAAGGUAUGUGAAAUGGCAAUAUAAGAUUCAAGUAUCCUCCUUAAUGGUGCGACUUCGAUCUGCUCUAUAAUUCGAUUGCUCCAAUAGACAAGGACAAUAAUAUGACAAGGGGAUUCGCAUUAAUAACUAAAACAUUGGAUUACGACAUUUAAAAUUAAUACUCAAGGUAGAUUCUGUAGGAUUGGUUUAAAAAUAAGACUGAGACUAGUAGUGAUCUGCCAAAUCAGUUAUCAGUUAUAUUUGUUUACUACUUGUUUAUAGUGUUGCAGAGAAUUGAAAUGCAAAUGACAAACAUUCACACCGUCCCCUUUUAAUUGGCUUUAAGGGAGGAAUCGAGAUACAAUAUUGAUUAAGCAUUAACAUAAAUUAAAGGAUAGAAACAUUUGCACAGUUUAAUAAGCGAUUUUACUUUUUAGUACCCUGAUCUAAUCACAACUAUAAGUUGUCUUCUUUACAACAUUUUGUGUGGUUAUCAAAUAAGCCAUAGAGAGUUGACUGAAGAGUAUGAAUUGAUGAGAAUGAUAUUAGGAAUUUGA